AUGACACCAACGACAAACAGCGCUGCGAUCUUUAACGAGUUUCCUCAACUUUUGGUCAACCAAAAUACUAUUGCAUAUGGAGAGAAUUCAAUAGAUAUCGAGAAUGCGGCGCUCGGUGGCGGCAUCCUUGCGAAAACUCUGUAUCUAUCAAUUGACCCUCACCUACGUCGUUGGAUGAACGAAGGUGAUACUUCUACCGGACCGAGUUUUGAACUGGGUAAACCGAUAUGGGGUAUUGGCUUGGCCCUGGUGUUGCGAUCCGAGACGAAUAGCGUUCGGCAAGGAGAUAUCAUAUAUGUUCCAACUUACCCCUUUCAAGAAUAUAAUAUCCUCAGCGCAGACACGCCUCUGCGUGUAAUUAAACCGGAUCCCGAGGUUCCCUUGUCGGCGUAUUUGACUGUUUUAGGAAUGCCUGGACAAACUGCAUUUUAUGGAUUGGAACUAAUCGGAGCUCCCAAAUCUGGGGAAACUAUUUACGUAUCUGCCGGAGCCGGAGCAGUUGGAUCACUCGUUGCUCAGCUUGCCAAGGCAAAGGGCCUCAAGGUCAUUGCAUCCGCAGGGUCAGACGAAAAAGUCGAGGUCAUGAAAAAAAUGGGUAUAGAUGUUGCUUUUAAUUAUAAGACCGAUCGAGUAGAGGAUGUGCUCGCCAGGGAAGGACCGAUUGACAUAUACUGGGAUCAUAUUGGAGGCCCUCAGCUCGAGGCCGCAAUUGGGGCUUGUAACCUUUAUGCGCGCAUAAUAGUAUGCGGAGCCAUCCCGGCAUUCAACAACGCCCCACCAUAUCACGUCAAGAACCUGGCCGAGAUUUUGUAUAAGCGACUUCGAGUACAAGGAUUCAUGUACUGGGAGGCCGAGGUGGCCAUUGAGGGGCAUAGUAACAACCCACUCAAGUUCCUGAAUACGCUCACACCAUUGGUCAAGAACGGGAAGAUACUCUGGAAGGAGCAGCGUUUAGUGGAAUCCAAUCUGUGA